UAAUCCCCUGAGAGUUGUCCAGCCUUUAGCUCUCCAGCACUUGUAGAACUGUAAAUACCGAAUCAACUCCCAGAAUUCUGAGUUUUAGUACAACAACAGCAACAUUUUCUAUUUAUCAGAUUGGGGCCCCCUGACGGUUAAGUCCAACCCUGCUACCCUACUUUAGUCUAAACCCUCCUCUACCUCCAAGCUCCUUCCCCUGACUCCUCCUGUGCUGUGUCUGAGUUCUCAGUGUGCUCAUGUGAUUUGCUGACUGUCACAUUUGCCUGGGAGCAGCAGAUCUCGUACCUCCUUUGCCCUGGCACCUUCUGUCUGGUGAUGUUUCCUCUGGCCGACUCCAGGAGGUUCUUGUGGCUGCUGGUACCAUUGCUUGGGUGCUUCUUGCCCUGCCUUGCUGACCUUAAGGUCCUUGUGCGCUUGGAGGACGGGCAGGUAACAGAAGAGAACCUUCAGGCUGACAGUGACAAAGACUUUAUCACUCUAGAAUUCCGAAAGACUGAUGGGACGUUUGUCACUUACCUUGCAGAUUUCAAGCAGGACGUGAAGAUUUUCCGUGUUCUGAUCCUCGGAGAGUUGGAGAGGGGACAGAGUCAGUUCCAGGCCCUGUGCUUUAUUACCCGGCUGCAGAGCAAUGAGAUCAUUCCCAGCGAAUCUAUGGCUAAGCUACGGCAGAAAAACCCACAUGCAGUACGCCAGGCAGAAGAGAUGAGAGGCACCGACACUCUCCAGAUGGACGUGGCCAUUAAUUUCACUAAGGGGGUGCAACUCACCCCCCACAUCCACAAUAUCUGUGCUGAGGCUAAAGAGGCUAUCUAUACACGGCAAGAAGAUGUGCGAUUGUGGCUGGAAAGAGGUAUUGAUGGAUCCAUGUUUGAAGUUCUCCCUCAGCCCUCCUCCCUCCCUUCAUUGCACCCCUGCAAACUCUGCCACCGGGACUGGAAACCCUGCAUCUGUUCAUACCAUCUCAGUCUAGAGUGGAUUCCUUGUAGCCUAAAAUAUUGCAAGAAUCGGGACUCCUCUGGCAAGACUACUUCCUACAGGUGCGGCAUCCGGAGCUGCCAAAAAGCUUUCAAUUUCCAAUUUUAUGUCACACAGAAACAGCUUUGCCUAUGGGACGAGGAGACCUAAAGCAGUUAGUUUCUGGAACAACUAUGAUCACUACACCUCCUUUCCAAACACUUUGAGAUGGGACCAAUAUCUCGUGGGAUGAGACCAGCCCUGCUGCCUUAGUGUUGCCUUAUACUGUGAAGCUUUAGGAUUUCCUGCGACAUUCCGAAGAAAAGCCCAUGCACAACCACAACCUUGCGCUUCCUUCUAAUAGUGAGAGGAGUCCGGGCUACCCUCUUCCUAUUGCAGAAUAACUGAGCAGCAAUGCAAUGUGCCUUAAUACGUAUCCUACAAAAUAGAAACCGUACUCCCUGCCCCUGGAAGUGCCUUAUUGCCUCAACUGCAGGCUUGUCUUUACACUCCAGUAAGGCCUUUGAGUAACCCAGUAUUAAAAUAAACUGUGAACUUGUUUCCAAAGUUAUUCAUUAUCCCAUUCCUGACACAGGAGCCAAUAACAUGUCAUUGGAGGUGAAACAAGACCAUGCCACGUGCCUCUCUCACUUUCUGCAGUUCAUUUUAAUAUAAUUCAGCUAUUUUUGUAUGGAAAAGUUAAUUUUUUUUAUCAAAAUGAAGAUGAGAAACAUUUGAACAAUAUAUUUAUCAUUUGUAAGGUAAAUAAAAUGAUUUUUUAGACAUGGA